GGAAUUAUUCAAGUGGAUAUUUGGAGACUAUAUCUGCACGAUCGGAUGCAUUCAACUUUCGUUUAGUUUCCUCCGCGUCUAGUUAUUGAAUAUCAUACCACCUUCCUCAAUUCACUUCAACGCCGAACCCAAAGAACGUUCUGGAAUACAAUAUCUUUGGGCGUCAAUAUUCUUCAAUAAUUUGAAGAUUUUGGGGUUCGCUUUUUGAAAAUGGGUCUAGUCAAUUUAGGUCAUGAAGCAGAUCCCAUCCUCACCAGGAUUGUUGACGAGGAUAAGGUGGCAUGGUGGAGAAAAAGAAAUCUAAGGAUCUUGUAUCUUCUGCUAUAUCCAACAUGUAUGGGAAUUGAGAUGACGUCGGGGUUCGACUCUCAGAUGAUCAAUGGAUUACAGUUUAUUCCUUCUUGGAAUGAAUACUUUGGUGAGCCGACGAUUGAUGGGGCUGGGAAGUCGACGUAUGCUUUGAAGGCAGAGCUCUUAGGUAUUGUGGCUGCGGCAUACAGCUUAGGUGCUAUUUUGUCGGUGCCCUUUGUACCAAUGCUUGCUCAACGUUUUGGUCGUAGGUGGUCCAUCAUGUUUGGGUCCAUUGUGAUGGUUGUUGGGUCAUUCCUUCAGGGCUUCUCCAUCAAUGCUGCGAUGUACAUCGUUGCCAGAAUGUUUCUUGGAUUCGGUAUUGUUUUUGCAAUUGUCUCUGGCUCAGCCAUGCUUGGUGAAUUAGCAUACCCAAAAGAAAGGCCAAUUAUGACUUCUCUCUUCAAUGCAUCUUGGUUUGUAGGAUCGUUGAUCGCUUCCGGAAUUACUGUUCGAACUGCAACAAUCAAUACAGAUUGGGGAUGGAGAAUUCCAUCUCUUCUUCAAGCCUGUCCCUCGCUUAUCCAGAUAAUCUUCGUCUUUUUCCUACCAGAAAGUCCUCGGUACCUUAUUAGCAAAGACAGACGAGAUGAAGCAUUUGAUAUCUUAGUUAAGUAUCAUGCAGAAGGACAUCGCGAUUCUGUAUUCGUUCGUGCUGAAAUGGCGCAGAUUGAAACAACGAUCAAACUAGAAGUAGAAGCUUCUAAACAAUCUUGGAUGUCAAUGUUAAGUACUCCUGGAAUGAGACGUCGGGUAUUUCUCGCUUCUGCUAUGGGAGUCUUCACGCAAUGGUCUGGCAAUACUUUGAUCUCAUUUUACCUGUCCAAAAUCCUUGCCAUGAUAGGUUACACGGAUACCAACACAAAAACUAUGAUAAAUCUUGGGUCAACAGCCUGGUCUUUCUUCACGGGAACCUUAACCGCCCUCAUAGUACCACGCUAUAAACGCCGCACUAUGUUUUUACUCUGUGCUUCUAGUAUGUUCUUUGUGUAUAUAGCGUGGACGGUUAGCAUGCAACGAGCCAUGGUAGCAUAUGAAGCCCAUCGACCCAACAAAGCUGCUGCCAUCGCCACACUAUUUUUCAUUUUUCUCUACUCGCCUUGUUAUAAUAUUGGGAACAAUGCACUUGCAUAUAGUAGCCUACCUAGUAGAACUCUUCCCCUACGCGGAUCGUUCUCGCGGCAUCUCCAUCGAACAAUUUUUCGUCCGAGCCGCUAAUUUCUUCACCACCUACGUGAAUCCUAUCGGUAUGGGCAAAAUUGGUUGGAAAUACCUUAUUAUGUAUUGUGUGACCAUUUGUAUUGAGAUAAUAGUGAUUUACUUCUUUUAUCCUGAGACCCAGGGGCGCACAUUGGAAGAACUUGCUUUUCUAUUUGAAGACAGCGCAUUAGCAGAGAAAGCUACCGUGGCUGUGGAGAAAACGAUACAUUUUGAUCACCGUGAUGAGGCAAAGACUGCGUAAAACUGAGGCUAAUACCCUUGCACUCAAUUGCGUGGGAACGGGUCAAUAUCGCAUUCGUACAUACUGCACGAUUUUUCUCAAAAGGAAUUUUUGGUACUUCACAUUUCUUUUUUUGUUUCUUCAACGAACCCCUAUUUUUCAGGGGGUUUUCUGGUCCUUUCAGAUGUUUUUUUUUUUCGACAAUAUAUAUCUUCGGUAUGGAUAGACAUCCAACUACAACUAACUGUCCUUCAAAAUCAAAAAGUAAGCUUCACA